AUGAUCACCGAAGAAGAAGCUGAGCCGCCGCAUAAAAAGACUAAGCUUCAGCCGCUACAACAUCUUGUACCACCAUGUCCGCCGUCGUUAACUUCACUUCCAAACGAAAUCAUUGUUAACUGCUUGGCACGUAUCUCUAAAUCGUAUUACCCUUCACUCUCCCUCGUCUCUAAAACCUUUCGUUCUCUCAUCUCUUCUCAAGAGCUCUACGCCGCUCGAUCUCAACUCGGAACCACCGAGAUAUAUUGCCUCUAUAUCUUUCUACGGUUCUCCACCAUACCAUUCGCUGAGCCAACUCGGCGAUGGUUCCGUCUCAGAGCCACACCUAAUCCAAACCUAACCGAUGGUAGGAGAAAUCUCUUCGUUCCUUCUUUUAAUUAUCUUCCAUAUUCAAAUUCAAACGUAACGAUCGGUCCAAAGAUCUACGGUGAAUACAUGGCCGAGAGCUUUGAAUCGGCUUUUUGGGUUUACGACUAUCUGAGCCACAUGUGGGAACUUGUCCCUGGCAUGAAGAUGAAGAGGAGACACGCGUCCUCAUGUCUCCUUGAUUACAAGAUUUAUGUAAUGGGAGGAUGUGACCCUUCUUGUGGGGACGUGAACUGGUUCGAGAUGUACGAUAUAAAGACUAAGACAUGGAGGACCUUACCGGAGAAUCCUGAUAGUAAGGUUAGAUUUAAUGCAGUUCGAAAGAUCGAUGUGGUGGAAGGAAAUAUUUACGUAAAGACAGAGGCUAGGGUUAAGGAUUGGGUUUAUGAUGUCAAGGAAGGUAAGUGGAGUGUUGUGGAGGAUCAGUUGAGCCUACUAUGGACGGAUUCGUGGUGUGUGAUAGAUAAUGUGAUGUAUUGUUACUCUUGCGCUAGAUACAAGUGGUAUGACUUUGAGGCUAGGAAGUGGAUAGAUGUGGGAGGUUUGGAAGGAUUGAAAAGGUACCGUAGUGCUAGUACUGAUUUCCGUAAUUGUAUGGUUGAAUUAGUUAACUAUGGUGGGAAACUCGCUAUUCUUUGGGAUAGGUUUGAGCGGCCUGGUCGUAGUCAGAACAAGAACAUUUGGUGUGCCAUGGUUGUGCUCGAAAAAGGCUAUGGAGGUUCGAUUUGGGGGAAGAUUGAGUGGGUUAAUGUUGUGCUUACGGUUCCUAAGUCGUUUAACUUCUUGAGUUGUAUAGCCCUUUCUGUUUGAUGACUCUUUACUCGCUAGUAGAGUCAUCCUUUUGCUAUUAAAAUUUGUACUUUGUGUUUUUGUUGGUGAUACAGUCUAAGUGUCUGACAUCUUUUAUGGCUAUCCCAGUUUGCAUUUUUUGUAAGAAUAAUAGAUAGACUGUGCCCAUUUUGUAAGCAUUCUUGUUUGAUUCCGGCUACAUUAUAAAGUUAUUCAGUGCUGCGAGCGCUAGUCUCUAUGUUGUUUCUUUGAA